GAUAAUAUAACUUAGUUUUAAAAAGAAAAUAUAUAUUAAAAUGGUUAAAACUUUGUUAAGAUCUUCGUCGAAUAUUAUUCGCGAUAAGUUUAACGCGGUAGCGGCGUAGUAACAGCCAAGGAAAUGUAUUCCUCUUUGUGAACCCUUUUCCGGGCUUCGUGAAAGAGCAAUGUUCACUUACUUCCACGCACUUUCUGAAAGUAAGUAAGAAAGUAAAAUCUCGUAGUAAGUAAGGGCCCGAUCCAACCCACAAACCCACCUCACGUAUAAUUAGCUAUAACCACGAUAGCGGUUAUGAGAGGGCAACGCUCGUAAACGUCUCGAACACGCGAGAAGGUGCGCAACCUCGAUGUUUACAGUCUUUCAAAUAGCGUGGGUGGCUUAAAGAAUCUUAUCGUUCUUAUACUAUAACACAUCUUACGUUGUAUACAGUUACGUUAUUACUGCAUCAUAUUAGUUAACUUUUGUUUGUUCAACUAUCUGACUUUCUCUUUGCUCUCAUGUAGUAUCAUGGAUUUUCUUCUUUUGAUUUUGUGUUCUCUUGUUGUAUUAUUAUUCAUUUUAUAUAUAAAGUAAACUUUGAAUUUACCUAAUGUUAGGUUUACUUCAUAUAACUUUUAUGCAAUCUCGUUUCCUCGCGUCUACAAUUUGUUGUAUUAUCAACAAUUUAUGAACUGACGAGAAAAUUUACGUUUAUUGCUCACGGACGAAUCGUAAAAAGAUUGAAAAUAACCAACUCGGAGGGCAUAAAUCAUAACAUUGAUGGAUUGCAAAAGUGAAACGAUAAUAAAGGGGUAUAUACAGAUAAGCGAGAUUCCGUUAUUCAUAUUUUAACGCGAACAGAUUUAUCAUAGCGAAGGAAAAACAAUCAAGAAUCCGUUUUUUCUUUCUUUCUUUCCUCCUUUUUUCCCCCUCUCGCGUAAUCAUACUCCAGGAAUCCGGUAUGCAAAAAGUUUAUCUUUGACGAGGUACUUCAUUUUGUUUUAUCGAUGGCUAUCUAUUUUUUCAUUAUAAGCGAAAGAUAAUAUAUCAAUAUGUUUACCUACUUGACAUAUUUGUUUUUUUAGAGAAUCGAUUACUAUAAAUGAUCGAUCUAUCGUCUUGUUGGAGUCAGUAACAUAAUUCGAAAAUGUUGCAUACGUUGGUUAGAGUAGUAUUUUUGGGCGUUUGCCUGAUUUCCGUGGCAUUGGCUGCGAACAACGAUUGGUAUAGGAACAGUUUGAUCUAUCAGAUUUAUCCUAGAAGUUUCAAGGACAGCAAUGGAGACGGUAUUGGUGAUUUGAACGGUAUCACAAGCAAAUUGGAACAUAUCGCGGAUAUCGGGGCCGAUGCACUUUGGUUAUCGCCGAUUUUUACUAGCCCCCAAGCUGAUUUCGGCUACGACAUAUCGAAUUUCACAGACAUCAAUCCUGAAUACGGUACUCUGGCAGAUUUUGACAGGCUCGUGGCAAAAGCAAAAUCACUCGGUCUGAAGGUAUUACUCGAUUAUGUACCAAAUCAUAGCUCGCACGAGCACGAAUGGUUUAAAAAAAGUAUAAAGAGGAUUAAACCGUACGACGAGUAUUAUAUUUGGAAAAAUGCGACAUACGUUAAUGGUCAAAGAAGACCACCCAACAAUUGGCUUUCCGUAUUCGGAGGAUCCGCAUGGGAAUGGAAUCAAGAACGUGGCCAAUAUUAUUUCCAUCAAUUUGUUGCCGGUCAACCCGAUCUCAACUACCGUAACAUGGCUUUGGAUCAAGAGAUGAAGAAUGUUUACUCCUUCUGGAUGAACCGUGGGGUUGAGGGAUUCCGUAUUGAUGCUAUUAACCAUAUGUUCGAGGAUCCGAGAUUCUUGGACGAGCCAUCGGCAAACCGUCCCGAUCUCCCGUCAGACGAUUACGAUACUCUUGAUCACAUUUACACAAAGAAUCAGAAUGAGACUUACACCGUACUUUCCAGUUGGAGAAAAUUACUCGACAAACAUUCGGCCGAUAUGAAAACCGAUUAUAAGAUGAUACUUACGGAAGCUUAUGCGGGUUUCGAUCUUACGGUGAAAUAUUACAAUGCCGGUUCUACGGUACCAUUCAACUUUAUGUUCAUAGCAGAUCUUAAUAACCAAUCUUCGGCUUCCGAUUUCAAGCUAUCGAUCGAUCGAUGGAUGAACAAUCUUCCUUCAAGCAAUACGGUCGGUAAUUGGGUCGUUGGCAAUCAUGACAAUCAUCGAGUUGCCAGUAGGUAUGGAAUGAAACGUGCCGAUAAAUUGAGCAUGUUGUCAAUGGUUUUACCAGGCAUAGCUGUUGUUUACAACGGCGAUGAAAUAGGUAUGUUGGACAGACCUUUUACUUAUGAAGAAACAGUAGACCCGGCCGGUUGUCAAGCAGGCCCAAGUAGGUAUCACCUUAAAUCGAGAGAUCCAGAAAGGACACCGUUCCAAUGGGACAGUACUACGAGUGCUGGUUUCUCGACGAGUAACAAAACUUGGCUUCCGGUUCAUUUCAAUUACAAGACCUUGAAUUUGGCGGUACAAAAGAAUAGUCCUGUCUCUCAUUAUAAGGUAUUUAAGGCCAUGAGUGCGUUGAAGAAGAAGCCUGUUAUCAAGAACGGAUCUCUAGAAGUUAUCCUAGUUACCGAGAAAGUUUUGGGUGUUGUACGUAGGAACCAAGGUUCGAUCGUGGUUCUGCUGCUCAAUUUCUCAGACUACCCUGUUCAAGUCGAUGCCAGAACGUGGUUGAACAUUCCCGAACAACUUGUAGUAUAUAUAUCUAGUGUCGGAUCUAAGAUCAACACCGGUACUAGAGUCAAUACCGCUUCUUAUAUUUUGCCCGGAGCAGCUUCCGUUGUUCUUGUAUCCCCAAAUGUCUUAUAUUAUUAGUUCGGA